AUGGGUUUCGAUAUUGAGUGCAUACCGAACAUUAUUGAAUUGCUUCCCGGGGAGUGUUUCUGUCCUGUUUGUCGGUUUCUUGUGCACCCAAACGAAGCUCUCCGGUCUCUGUGCACUCACUUAUACUGUCCGCAAUGUUUAGCUUACGUCGCAAGCACCACCAUGACGUGUCCUCUCGAUGGUUCUUUGGUCACAGACACUGAUGCAAAGCUACUCGUGGAAUCAAACAAAGAGUUGGCUGAUACAUUUGGCGAAAUAUUGGUUUACUGUUCAUACCAAAAAAGUGGAUGCACAUGGAUUGGCCCUCUGUCUCAGAUCCCGUUACAUUGCUUGUUUUGUGCUUUUCGUACUUCUCGCGUUGCAUGCAGUGUGUGCCAGAUUCAAAUUCCGCAUCAUCAAGCAGAGGGGCAUGCUCAAGUUUGUCAUCAAGGUCAGGUUGAAAUGAGUCCUCAUGGUCGGUUUGUAGUUGUUGCAACGCCGGCUCGUGAGCAACAACAAUAUCAGCCGCCCUACUACAACAUGCAUCAACCUCAAUAUGUUCCUGUGGCAAUCCCUAGACAGCAAUUGCAUCUUGCAAGCCAGCAUCAAGUGCCCUCUGUGCAGCCAGCAAGUCAAUAUGUGGCUCAAACUCACUCUCAAGUGCAAGCUCAACCACAGCUACAACCACAGCUACAUCAGCCUCUUGCUGUUUUAUCAUCAGCUCUACAGAGCGGUGCAGCUUCGCUAGACCAAGCUUACCUUUCGCAAGACCUGUCACAGACAUUCGCACCUUCUCAAGGUCACCAAAACUUGCAAGCUCAGGCGCAUUCCAAAGCAACACCUCUUUCACAAGCUCACCAUUUACAGAACCUGCAAGUUCCUCAAUAUCAAAUUCCAUCUCAUCAGCUUCACAAGCCAAACCCUAUGCACACUCAAGCCGGCACUGUUCAAAGAAGUGUGCCACACAAUGCUAUUAGCCAGGGCCAGUCACACUCACACCAGCCACAUGCAUAUGGGAGUGGACAGCAAACAAACCAGGCAAGAGCUUCCCCAAACAACAUGCAAGUGUAUAAUCAAGCUAACACUCAACCUCCUCAUGUGCAACAUCAUGUUCCCCAACAUAUCUAUCUUCCUACGAUGCAAACACAGCAGCCAAAUCAACCAACACUUGUUGGGAAUCGCCGAGCGAAUCUAGGGAAGAAUCCUAUAGUAGAGAAGCUAUUAAUCCAUGAUUAUCCUUCUACGCUUGGUACUGGAACUGAUUACCUUUCUAUGCUUGGUGCUCCAGUGGACCGUAAUGCCCCAUUAGGUCCAGGUCAGCUUCGACAUUUGAAUUAUGUUCUCGAGUAUUUCAACAAGAGAUAUUACAUGGAAAGGAAUGGUGGUCCAAGACCUGGAUAUUCUUCUCCAACUCCAUUGUACAGAGGCUUUGACCAGAGACCUUUGGUAAUGCCUCAUGAGAAUUAUGCUCUUCGUCCUGGAAAUGUUGGAAUGACGAGUAGAGAUGCCUAUCAUGGACUUCCCGGUGGUGGUGGAUCAGGAGAUAUGGAACCUUUUCCAAAUUCUAGAAAAAGGGCGGCAGGACCUGUUGAAGGUGAAGGUUUGCACUCUCAGAUCAACAAGGAGGACCAACAGAACAAGAAGGUUGCGAAGAAACCUAAAACGUGUAAAAUUGGUCAAAUGCAGAAGUAUUGGGGUUGUAUUGUAAUUUAUCAAAGACUAUUGAUUCUGUUUGUGAAUAAACCGAAAAUUGUGAUUCUCUCCUUCCCCUUUCUCCUAAAACCUCAGUCGCCGAUCAGCCAGAAUCCAACAUUGACGGGAAACAAGAGAUAUAGAGAUAGAGAGACAAUGGCGGCGACGCUUAUGAAUAGAGCAGUCUCUAGACCCGAAUCCGUCGGAGCUUUCAGACUCUCGCUCAACCUCCUGAGAAAUUUCUCUGCGCCGGCAUCUCCGCCGAGCGAAAACCCUAGCUCCGAUGCGAUCAAGCCCAAGCGGAAGAAGAAGAAGAACCUAAUCGAGGUCGCUCAGUUCUUACCCAAUUGGGGAAUCGGAUACCAUCUGGCUAAAGCUCACUGGAACGGAAUCUCUUACGAAAUCACUAAGAUCAAUCUCUACAAGGAUGGUAGGCAUGGCAAAGCUUGGGGAAUUGUUCACAAAGAUGGCUUGAAAGCUGCGGAAGCUCCAAAGAAGAUAAGUGGAGUUCACAAGCGCUGCUGGAAGUAUAUCCCAAACCUUACAAAGACAGCAGAACCUGCAACAAACUCUGCAGCCGCUAAUGUCCAAGCUGCCUGA